CGCGUCCUCUCCCCUUCCGCAAUCGAUCCGAUCCCCACCCCGAGCGAGCCAAGUCUCCGACGGAAGCGAACCUAACCUAGGGUUCCGUCCAAUCCCCGAUCCCGGCAUCCGGAGGCGCACGCGGGCUCGUCGAUGGGGAAGGAGGACUCGGCGCCGCCGGAGGGGAAGUCGCUGCCGGAGUGCAUCAACUCGUCGAAUCCGUUCCACGAGUGCUCUGACUACUGCCACCGCAAGAUCGCCGAGGCCAGGCAGCGCCUCGACGACGAGGUGCCCGACUCGUGGAGGCGCCCGCCCGAGGAGCGCACCGUCCACCCCGACUGCAUCAACGCCUCCAACCCAUACCACGACUGCUCCGAGUACUGCUUCAAGCGCAUCGCCGACGCCAAAUCGGAGUCGGAGCGUGGUGAGCAGGAACCGCUUGCUAUAGGUGCUGGCAAAUCUGAUGCCGCGGCGGAGGAAGCUGAUGAUAAUGAGGCUGGGAAGCAGGAGGAUGCCAGUGCGGACGAUGGUUACCCGCAGAUGACAGAAAAGCAGAAGAAGCUGUUCGAGCUACGGCUUAAGAUGAACGAAGCAAGGAAGGCGAACCAGCAGGCGAUGGUUGCCGAGAAGAAGAGGAUGGAGCCUCGCGGUGAGAGCCGAGGUGUAUCUAAGCAGAAGUGGCUGGAGGACAGGAAGAAGAAGAUCGGGAAGCUGCUUGACUCGAAUGGGCUUGAUAUGUCAAAGGCUUACAUGCUUGAUACACAGGAGACAGCAGAAGUGAAAUACAAGAAAUGGGAGAAGGAACCCGCUCCAUAUGGGUGGGAUGUUUUCAAUCAAAAGACCUUGUAUGAUGCAUACAAAAAGAGGACCAAGAAUAUAGAUAUUGACAUGGAGGCAUACAAUAAAGCAAAGGAAGCUGAUCCUGAAUUCUACCGUGACGCCUCAAGUCUCCAAUACGGGAAGAUGUCUAAGGUCCCAGAAGAAAACAUUGACAAAAUGGUCAAGGAGCUCAAGGAGCGGGAAGAGAAGCGUAAAUCAUUCAGCAGGAGGCGUAAGUUCCACGAAGACAAGGACAUUGACUCUAUCAACGACCGGAACGAGCACUUCAACAAGAAGAUUGAGCGGGCCUUUGGCAAGUACACGCUUGAAAUUAAGAACAACCUGGAAAGAGGGACUGCCCUGCCAGAUUAAUAACCUUGCGCAAUGUUAUCUUCUGGCCUUGGAGCCAACCACUCGACCAGCAGCGAGUGGACCUGUUGUUUUUUUCGCCUGGUUUCUGUCCUUGUGGCUUGUCGUCAACAGUUUCAUUUGGAAUUGUAAUCCGUAAGAAACCCAGACUGGGUUGUAAUGACGCGAGGCUGAUGUCAUGUACAAACAGUUGUGUAUUCAAGUGGGCUAAAUUAGCAAUAGUAAUGGUUCCUUUUUGGUUUA